AUGUCGACAUCCCAGCAGUAUCUCAACGGCCUCGAAGGUCAACAGGUCACUCUCAACCCGCACCCGCAAGCCCCGGUUGAGUUUCCUACGGGGCACUGGAUAAUCAUCGAGAAACUUCAAGAGCGUGCUUAUCCGUUGACUCAGGACGACAUCGACAUUGACAUCGACCGCCGCCCCCCCUGCGUGCAAGGAAAAUUCCUCUGUGCGCUUUCUCUCCCUGAGGGUCCACCGGUUGUCGCCUUCCUCAGAAUUUUCAAACAAAUCCCUAUUACAGGAACAGAAUUACAGAGGCCAGACGUCCGAGCCACCCAGGCCGCCCGAUGUGAUCAUCCCACAGAGCUUGAUGCGUUACUUGCUGUCAAGGAACACAACUUGAAAUUCAAAGGCCAAAGCAUCACCCCGCGGGUAAUUGGAUACCGACAUGACGAACAAGACCAACAUGAUCUUGUCCCGGGGGGCUAUCUCGUUUACCUGGCUUGGGAAAAAGUCCCUGGAGUCUCCCUAGACCACAAAACAUUCUGGGAUGCUCCUUUUUCUACCCGGCAGAGUAUCCGUGAAACGUUUGUGAACAUCUAUACACAACUUAUCAAGUCCGGCUAUGACCCAUCUCCGCCAAUGCUAUCAAAGAUAAUUUACGACUGGACUAGUGGGGAUAUGCAUAUUUCUGGGUUUAACAGUGCUGUUGAGAUUGACAAGACCAAGCAGUGGACCGACUUGUUCUUUGUGGCCUUUGGGCUCGUGCAAUAUACCACAGCGUUUGACCAAGUCUUCCCUGUGACAAACCCUGACGCUCAAACUGAUAUUAAUGGCUGGAAGUGGUGA